CAGUGAUAUGAGUGGAGUGUGAAGUGCAUGCAUGUGCUUGACGUUUUGCCUACAGUUGAUGUCAUCGGAUCUGCGAUUGUAAAAUAACAACUCCACCAUGUCGUUGAGAACGCUCGCGAUCACCUUGAAUAAUAUCAGCAGAAAUUAUUCACCAGGAGAAACCAUCUCCGGAGAAGUAAUCAUAGAUUCCAAUGGAGCAGCUAAUUACAGAGGAUUGCAACUGAAAUUCAAUGGUGCAGCAGUAGUUCACUGGACGGAGCGUAAUCCACGACGUAAUCGAGAACAAAAUAAUGGAGGGAAUUAUCGAAUCGAAGAUGAACCGAGUGACGUACAUUACCACGCAGAGGAAGAAUAUUUCCAGGCAUCGAUGUACGUGCUGGGAGGUCCAGCUGGGAAUGUCCACGUCGGGGCGGGACGUCUCGUCGUUCCCUUUACGACUCCAUUACCGAUGAACAUACCGAGUAGUUUUGCCGAUAUUAAUCUAGGCAGAAUCGAAUACAGCAUUGAGGCAAGCAUGUCUACAGCAUGGGGAAGCGAAUUCAAAACCAAAAUUCUGUUCUAUGUGAAUGCUCCGCCGAAUUUGAGCCAAUACCCAUGUGAGCCAAUCGUGGACGUAGUGAAUAAAAAAUAUUACUGCUGUUUACUCCCAUGUAUCACCAAUGGUUCGAUGGACGCAUGUAUCCGUUCCCUUGGUAAUUGUUAUUCAAUUGGUGAAUGGAUCCACGUCUUUUUGGAUAUUGACUCGCAUUCAAAAUCUGUCCAGGUUACUUCAGUGGAUAUGAAACUAGAACAGAGAACGACUUUCCAAGCGCAUGCACCGGAAAACAAAACCAAGUCCAACACCAAAACUAUAGCGACGACUAAAUCUGAAGGGCCUUUUCCAGACACUGCGACUUUAGAAUUAAAAAUAAAAAUCCCAUCUGUCCCUCACAGUGGUUUUGAGAAUUGUGGGAUCAUCGCUGUAAAAUAUCUUCUGAAAAUCGAGAUAUGUGUGUCUGGAUGUCACUUGAACAUCAAAAAGGAACAUGACAUUAUCAUUGGAUCAAGACCACAACUUCUUGAGCAUCAGAUAGCUCCUACUGCACCUCUUAUUGGAAUUGUCGAUUCAUCUUCAUCAACAUUUGUAUCUCCAGAAACCUUGCGACCUCAAAAAUCUAGCGGUCAAUUUCCUGUGGUCAAUGUUCCGUACGGCCCAGCGAAUGUUCCAUACGGCCCAGCGAAUGUUCCAUACACCUCGACCCAACCACCAUGUUAUGAGGCUGCUGUGAUGCAAGGAUACAUGCCAUCAAUGCACCAGUAAUAAAAAGUAUUUAUCUACCUCAGAGUAGAAACGAAUGAAAACGAAGACAAUCCUAUCACUUUCAAGACUCAAGAUUAGAUUAGAACAUUCUAACAAUCCGUAAAAUAUUAAAUUUUGUAUGGACAAACUUCAGGUAUGAAUAAAUUAUCUGAUAAGUUUUCGCA